AUGGACACACCCUCGCCGUCGCUGACGUCGUCCGCGGAGCACGUGGAGUACAGGACGGUGUGGUCGGCGCCGCCCAAGAAGCCGGCGGGACGGACCAAGUUCCGGGAGACGCGGCACCCGGUGUACCGCGGCGUCCGGCGCCGCGGCCAGGCGGGGCGGUGGGUGUGCGAGGUGCGCGUCCCCGGGGGCCGCGGGUCAAGGCUCUGGCUCGGCACCUUCGCGACGCCCGAGCUGGCGGCGCGCGCGCACGACGCCGCCGCCAUCGCGCUGUCGCGCCGCGGCGCCUGCCUCAACUUCGCCGAUUCGGCGUGGCUGCUCCCGCCGCUGAUGCCCGGCGCGCUGUCGGCGCCAGAGCUGGCCAGCGCGCGGGAGCUCAAGGACGUCGUCGCCGAGGCCGUCGACGCGUUCCAGCGGCGCUCAGCGAAGGAUACUGCCGACGACGAGCUGGAGGAGGACGAUGCUGAUUCCUCGCCUGGCGCGGUGCCUUCGAACGACGCCGUGUUCGAGUUCGAGGACGUGUUCAGGUUCGGUGGCAUGUCUGAUGCCGGAUCGUACUACGCGAGCCUGGCGCAGGGGCUGCUCGUAGACCCGCCGGACGCCGCCGGCGCGUGGCGGGAGGACGUCGAGCAUGGCACCACUGACAUUGCACUGUGGAGCGACUAG